CGGCGCGAGGUAUCAGUGGGCAGCAGCAGCAGCAGCCCGAGAAUAAAAGCGCCCUUGGCGAGCAGGAGGAGCUGACGCGAUCACCGCAAGCAUCAUCCAGGGCCCGGGAGCCCUCCCUAUGGACCCAGCAUGCGCAGGAUCAGGGCCAACGCCAUUGCCAUUCUAACCGUCGCCUGGAUUCUGGGCACCUUCUAUUACCUGUGGCAGGACAACAAGCCCCGCACGACCGCCUCUGCUUCGGCGUCUCAGCCGCGGGCCACGGGCGGCAAGAGCCACGGAGGGAAAGCUGGAGGCGGGAGGCUGGAGCUGCACCGGGAGGACAGGACCAUCCCGCUGAUCGUGACCCACCCUCCGAGGGGAGAGCAGCAGGGGCAGUUGUUGGGCACUUUUGAUGAGAAAGCCUAUUUAGCCAGUAAGCAGCUGAAAGCUGGAGAGGAUCCAUACAGAGAUCAUGCUUUCAAUCUGCAGGAGAGUGACAGACUGGGCAGUGAAAGGGCCAUUAGGGACACUCGACACUACAGGUGUGCCUCAAUAACUUUUGACCCUGACCUGCCCUCCACCAGCAUCAUCAUCACCUUCCACAAUGAAGCUCGCUCCACCCUCCUGCGCACCAUUAAAAGUGUACUCAUCAGAAGUCCACUGCAUUUGAUACAGGAGAUUAUUCUUGUGGAUGACUUCAGCUCAGACCCUGAAGAUUGCCAGCUGCUCUCUCAGAUCCCAAAGGUGCGGUGUCUGAGAAAUGAACGGCGAGAGGGUUUGAUCAGGUCUCGGGUCAGGGGGGCCAGCGCUGCCUCUGCUUCUAUCCUCACCUUCCUGGACAGCCACUGUGAGGUCAACACGGACUGGCUACAGCCCAUGAUCCAGAGGGUCAAAGAGGACCACACACGUGUUGUCAGUCCCAUCAUUGAUGUCAUCAGCCUGGAUAACUUUGCUUACCUGGCAGCCUCUGCUGACCUCAGGGGAGGGUUUGACUGGAGCUUACACUUUAAGUGGGAGCAGAUUCCUAUUGAACAGAAAAUGGCCAGAAAUGAUCCAACACAGCCAAUCAGGACACCCGUGAUUGCUGGUGGGAUCUUUGUGAUGGAUAAGAGUUGGUUUAAUCACCUGGGACAGUAUGACACACACAUGGAUAUCUGGGGUGGUGAAAACUUUGAGCUGUCGUUCCGAGUGUGGAUGUGUGGGGGCAGUUUAGAGAUCCUACCCUGCAGUCGUGUUGGCCAUGUCUUCAGGAAACGCCACCCUUACGAUUUCCCAGAAGGCAAUGCUCUCACCUACAUCAAAAAUACACGGCGAGCGGCAGAGGUGUGGAUGGAUGAGUAUAAGCAGUAUUACUACGCUGCAAGACCCUCUGCUCAGGGCAAGGCCUUCGGAAGUAUCGCCGACCGUGUGGCACUGAGAAGGAAACUGAACUGUAACUCUUUCCGAUGGUAUCUGGAGAAUGUGUACCCUGAGCUCAGGAUUCCAGAGCAGAAGGUUACAUACAGUCUAUUGAAACAGGGUGGGCUCUGCCUGGAGAGCCACAGCACAGACAGCCUGGGUCUGGCUGAGUGCAAGAGCGGGUUAAGUAUCCCUGCCUCACAGAAAUGGACUUUGAUGGAGCCACAGAUCCGCCAACAGGACCUGUGCAUGGCCAUCACGGCCUUUUCCUCAGGGUCAAAGGUCAGACUAGAGCCGUGCAACCCUAAAGAGUCCAGACAGAAAUGGAAGCCCAGAGGUCCGGCACUGCAGCAUAUGAUCAGUGGUUUGUGUCUGGACAGCCAGCCCCCAGCAGGCCCCCUAGUUAUCGCACAGUGCCGCCCCCAGAUGGCCAGCCAGUCCUGGGAGCCUCAGCUGGUCACCUGACUCUGAGAAGGCGGUUCGGAAGGAGGGAGCGAGGGGAGGAGUUUGGAAGGGUCACAGAAGCUUGUGGUGCUUUAGGGCCCAGAGGAACAAUGUCUGCACACUGUUUUAGUUGAAGGUGCUGCUUCCAGACUAGUAGACCAUGGCCAUGUCCAAAAAACACUUCAGCACCUCCAAAUUUGCUUCUGUGCUCCCACCACUGAUAAGAAGUAGCUGGACAGGGAAAAGCUACAAGCUGCACCUCUAAGCUAAAGUCCUGAGUAGAGAGUUUUCACUGUCCAGGCUACUCACAUUCAGUCACAUAUUUGGACAUGGUCAAAGUUUACAUUGAAAAUAGAAUAAUAAUGGCAUCGUCCGUGACUGGCAGGAGAAUUUUGUGAUGUCUUGAAUUUUCUUUUCUGUUGUGUUGGUUGAGGACGCAAAGGGAGAGACUAGUUAUAUAUAUUUAUGCCUUUUACUACCUUUGAGAAUGGUCACAGAGUGCCCACCUGUACACACUCAUUUCCACAAGUGCUGUGGCCCCCUCAGUGUAGCUGUUUUCAUAAAACUCUUAAUGGAGUCAGUGUUUCUCUUUAAACGCCAUUAAUAAAUGUUUAACCAUUCUGAUCAGCGAAGGGUUAGUUGAAGGGAUGAAAUACAUCAAAAUAAAGGUGUACAUAUUACAGAAAGUCAUCCUUGAAUCAAACUGUUUUUUUUUUCCUUUUGCAAAGAAACAGACAGGCUUUAAUUUGAAAACUGCACUAGGUGCAGUUCUGAAAGGUGAGAUGCUCAGAGCUUGCCAGCUACAGUAGGUUUGUAGCUUUGGGAUUUGAUACAUUGUGCUCUCCAGCCGCAAUACAGCAUUAUUCACAUGCUGAGAAGUUUGGAAACUUGAUCUUAGAAAUGCUUCAAGGAGCAGAGAACAACAAGGGAACUCUGCUGAGCCGAAACUUCAUCAAAGGCGGUGGUUUGGGGAAUCCAGCGGAGCAGAAUGUGAUGGACUAAUGAAAUGUGCAAAUGUGGGUUAACAAACUCAUCUGUUAAAUCAAGUGUGAGCACCUUUAAGGAUUUAUGAUUUUGCAUGGUACUGUGAAACACCACAAAAAAAACCAUACGUGAUAUCACGUCCAAAGACUGUUUUUCUUGUUUGUUUGGUUUUUUUUUUGUUUUGUUUUAAAAUUUUAAAAUUUGUAAAUACUUGAACCAAACCAUGAAGAGCUGUCAUUUGAAAAAUAAAGAGUCUAUAGCCUAGAAAAGAGUCUUUACUCAUGCUGAAAAACGUUCAGGAAAUAUACACUAGCGUUCAGAAG